UCUAUUACGUGGUGAAAACCAAUAUUUAGAUUUAUAAUAUCUGUUCAUAUCUUUAUAGUAUAAAUUUACAUUUUACUGUUUAAGUUGUUACGGCCCAUCAAGUAAAAUUAUUUAGUUAUUUCUAUAUAAAACGGUGAUUCACUUAUAUUUGGCAUAAUUUUAAAAUCAAAAUGACAUCGGGGCCGUACAAUUACUCAUACAUUUUUAAAUAUAUCAUUAUUGGUGAUAUGGGAGUUGGAAAAUCGUGUUUAUUACAUCAAUUCACAGAAAAAAAGUUUAUGGCAGACUGUCCCCAUACUAUUGGUGUGGAAUUUGGCACUAGAAUAAUUGAAGUUGCUGGUCAAAAAAUUAAGCUUCAAAUUUGGGACACGGCGGGUCAGGAAAGGUUCAGAGCGGUGACCCGUUCUUACUAUAGAGGUGCUGCUGGUGCACUUAUGGUUUAUGACAUUACGAGAAGGUCUACAUACAACCAUUUGAGUAGUUGGCUCACAGACACACGUAACUUGACAAAUCCAAGCACUGUGAUAUUCUUAAUUGGAAAUAAGUCUGAUCUAGAUGGUCAGAGAGAUGUUACAUAUGAAGAAGCCAAACAGUUUGCAGAUGAAAAUGGUCUUAUGUUUGUAGAAGCCAGUGCUAAAACAGGUCAAAACGUAGAAGAAGCAUUUCUGGAGACGGCAAAGAAAAUUUAUCAGAGCAUUCAGGAUGGGCGCCUGGAUCUGAACGCGGCGGAGUCCGGCGUGCAGCACAAGCCCGCCGCGCCCGGCCGCCCGCUCGCCGCGCCGCCCGCGCACCGCGACAACUGCGCCUGCUAACCUCACCUCACUUCACGCCACCUCACACCACCUCACGCCACCUCACACCACCUCACACCACCUCACACCACCUCACACUACCACACACCAUUACAUAUUAUAAUGCUCUAUCUAUUUUCCAUCACUUUAUUUUUGACAUGUUAUUUAUAUGUAUAAUUUUUUCUAAAAUUGGUAAUAUUUUAUUUAAAAAACUUCAGCAUCUAAAUUUUCUAACCUAAUUUUACUCUUUCUGUAUUUAUACAUUCCACUUAAAUAUAACAAUUAAUUGUAAUUUUUUUUAUAAAAAACGCGUGAAUUUGUCAAUACUCAUGGAUUAAACUCACAGGAAAUAGCUAAACGAUCACCUCUUAACAACGAUGGAUCUUUUUCUAUUAACUGUUGUCUCUGACCGUAUA